AUGGGUUUUGUGAUAUUUUCUCUUGGUGCUGUGUUCGCAGCUCUCGGCCUGGAGUGUGUCCGGUGGUGCACGGUGUCUGAACCAGAACGUUCCAAGUGUAAUGGCAUGAGCAAGGCCUUCAGUGAGGCUGGCAUCCUUCCCCCUCUGGAGUGUACAGCAGGGGGGUCAGCUGCUAACUGUACCCAGAUGAUCAAGGAUGACUUGGCAGAUGCAGUGACCCUGGAUGGCCGUUUGAUUUUCCAGGCUGGAAAGGAGCAUGGUCUGAAACCUGUGGUUGGGGAAGUAUAUGAUCAAGAGAUUGGAACUUCCUAUUAUGCUGUGGCUGUGGUAAAGAGAAGCUCCAACAUCACCAUCGAGAGCUUGAAGGGAGCGCGCUCGUGUCACACCGGCAUCAACAGGACUGCGGGCUGGGAUGUGCCCGUGGGCUACCUCACUGACACUGGGCACCUGGCACCCAUGGGCUGUGACCUCCCAAAAGCUGUGAGUGACUAUUUCAAUGCAAGCUGUGUUCCUGGAGCAAAUGGUGUGAACUAUCCCAAAUCCCUCUGUCAGCUCUGCAAAGGGGACUCAGAAGGACAGAACAAAUGUGAACUAAAUUCCCAAGAGCAAUACUAUGACUACAGCGGGGCUUUCAGGUGUUUGGCUGAAAAUGCUGGAGAGGUUGCUUUUGUGAAGCACAGCACAGUGCCUGAAUAUACAGAUGGGAGGAGCCUUUCUUCCUGGGCCCAGCGGCUGCGCUCCCGGGACUUCCAGCUGCUGUGCCGCGAUGGCCGGAGAGCCGAUGUGACAGAGUGGAGAAGCUGCCACCUGGCCCGAGUCCCCGCUCGGGCUGUGGUUGUGCGGCCUGACACAGAUGGGACAGUUCUCUUCCAGCUCUUAAACCAGGGACAACAAAGAUUUAAUGGGGUGGGCGCCAAGUUUCAGAUGUUUGACUCUGCAGUCUACGGUGCCCAAAAUCUCUUGUUCCGAGAUGCCACCACAGAGCUUGUCGCAAUCACAGCUCAGAAUUACCAGGCAUGGCUGGGUGAUGAGUAUCUUUGUGCCAUGCAAGCUCUGAACUGCAACCCCAAUACAAUGCCAGAAAGCCUGAACUGGUGUGUUGUAUCCACUGAGGAGAUUUGGAAAUGUGGUGAAAUGGCUGUUGCCUUUAGAAAAAAGAAUUUGAAGCCAGCAAUUCAGUGUAUUUCAGCCAAGACAAAGGAAGAGUGCAUGGAGCUGAUCCAGAAAAAGGAAAGUGAUGCUGUAGUUCUGGGUGGAGCUGAUAUUUACACAGCUGGGAAGACAUAUGGCCUUGUACCAGCUGCUGGGGAAAGUUACUCUGCUGAUGACAGCAGCAAUGCAUACUAUGCUGUGGUGUUAGUGAAACGAAAUCUGUCCAAUGCAUUCACCAUCAGUGACUUGAGAGGGAAGAAGUCCUGCCACACAGGAUUGGGGAGAAAUGCUGGAUGGAAUAUUCCCAUGGGUGUACUAAUUAAGAGGGGGAUUAUUAAGAACAGAGACUGUAAUAUUCCUCAAGCUGUGAGUGAGUUUUUCUCUGCCAGCUGUGUGCCCUCAGCUGAGCAGGACAAUUACCCAGCAAAGCUCUGUCAGCUGUGUAUCGGGGAUGAGAGUGGAAACAACAAAUGCAGUGCAAGCAGCCAAGAACGUUACUACAGCUACAGUGGAGCCUUCAGGUGCCUGGUAGAGGAUUCUGGGGAUGUGGCCUUUGUGAAGCACUCAACAGUGUUUGAGAACACAGAUGGUAAAAACACUGCUAGUUGGGCCCAGAAGUUGAAGUCCAGUGAUUUCCAGUUACUGUGUCCAAAUGGUGCCCGUGCUGAAGUCACCCAGUUUGCUGAUUGUCACCUGGCUCAGGUGCCAGCUCAGGCCGUUAUGGUUCACCCAGAUGUCAAUGUUUUUGCUCUAUAUGGACUACUGGACAGAGCCCAGGUCUACUUUGGAAAUAGCAGCAAUGGAAAUGGAUUCAAAAUGUUUGAUUCUUCAACUUUUCAGGGAAAAGACUUGAUUUUUAAGGAUUCUACUGUUGAGAUUGUGCCAGUGAAAGAGAGGAGAACAUACACAGAAUGGCUGGGGAGUGAAUAUAUUGAGUCCCUUGAAGGACUGCAAACACCCCAGUGCUCUGGGGCAGCUGCACUAAUCACAGAUGUUGCUGUGCUGCUGGCAGGCACUGCCCUCCUGACUGUAGAGACCACCUCAUGA